AUGUCCAUCGCAAAAGAUUUCUCGUGCAUCGGAGGAUUGGAGAAGCACAUUAGAAUCGUAAAAGAGAUGGUUCUGUUCCCGCUGAUGUACGGAGACGUGUAUGCCAAGUUUAAUCUCAGACCGCCUCGUGGCUUACUGUUCUAUGGCCCUCCAGGAACGGGAAAAACCCUCGUAGCCAGCGCUCUAGCGACCGAGUGCAGCAAUUCCGAACGCAAGGUUUCCUUCAUUUCGCGCAAGGGUUCCGAUUGUCUCAGCAAAUGGGUCGGAGAAAGCGAAAAGAAGCUUGAGAAGAUUUUCUCGUUGGCACAACAGACGAAACCGUGUAUAAUUUUUUUCGACGAAGUGGAUGGUCUCGCUCCUGUAAGAUCAAGUCGGCAAGAUUUCGUUCAUGCUAGCGUAGUCUCUACUCUCUUGGCUUUGAUGGAUGGUUUGGACAAUAAUUCCGAGAUCAUAGUGAUAGGCGCGACUAACAGGAUCGACGCGAUCGAUCCCGCUCUGAGGAGACCUGGUAGAUUCGACAAAGAAUUAUAUUUCCCUUUACCUUGUUACAGCGCCCGAAAAGAGAUACUUUCGGUACACAUUAAAAGUUGGAAACAGAAACCGGCGCAGAAAUUUUUAGCGUAUCUGGCGUCGAAUACAUUGGGAUUCUGCGGCAGUGAUCUACAGGCACUUUGUGCCGAAGCAGUUAUGUGCUCGGUUCGCAGAAACUAUCCGCAAAUCUAUAAUUCGAAAUCCAAGUAUCACAUCAACGAACGCCAUCUCAAAGUGGAAAAGGAAGAUUUUCUGAAGGCGCGUCAAAAUAUCGUUGCUGCGUCCCAUCGCGUUAUCGUUGCGCCCAUCAAGAGUUUACCCUCCAAGAUCCAACCGUUGUUGCAGGAAGAUCUAGCGGAAAUCCUGUCGCGAUUACAAACACUUUGUCCAACCGGCAUGCUAACUUCCGAUAACAUAACAGGCAAAGCCAUGUCCAAAUCGAAUGGCUGUCCGCGAAUCUUGCUAUGCGGCGAUGAUUCCCACACUCGACACCUGGGACCGGCAUUGCUGCAUACCCUGGAACAUUUACCUUGUCAUAUUCUGGAUGUCACGACACUGUUCGAGGAAACAGGCAAAGCGGUUGAAGAAGCUAUAAUACAAAAGAUCAAAGCCACACGUCGCACUUUACCAGCGCUGCUGUACAUUCCUGGUGUUCUGUCUUGGUGGGACUUGGUGAAUGAGACAGCGAGGGUGAUUUUUACUUCGUUAAUGCGCGGUCUCGACCGAUCGGUGCACAUGCUUGUGUUAACGACCGUCCAUUGUCGACGAGUCGAUCUGCCAUCGGAGAUUGCAGAAUUGUAUGAUGAUAAUCGCGGAGAGGUGUACGAAGUGAGAUCGCCUUCACCGCAAAAGCGACGCUCCUUCUUCAAACAAUUAUUUCUUCAUGGAUCCGACAGUCCUUCCAAUUGCUCCUCGCAAGCGGAUCUGGUACAAAUCCUGAGCCCGAAGAAAUUCAAGGGUGAAAAUAACAGAAAGCUGCGAAGCUUCGUAUGUUCUAGCGAUUCAAACGGAUUUUUAGAAAUAAGCGCGGCACGCACGACCAGAAAGGUUAAAACGGAAUCGAAAGCGCGAAAUAAGCUCGGAACUAUACGAUCCUUACAUUCGACGUUUUCCAAAUCGAGGACAAAUAUCAAGAGAGAAUGCAACGCAUCAGGUGAAGGUCCGCCAUCAAAACGACAGAAAUUAACAUCCGGUACAUCUUCGUCUCGAUCCAGCGCUGAAAAGUUUUUCAACUCGCAAAUAGAUGACUUGAUUGAAACAAUCGUUCGAUCAACCGACGAAUGGCCGAGUCAUCUAUUGGAGAGUCUGUUCUCUUCCCUUGAACUCACAAUAGAGAAUAAUGGAGAUUUGCGUACGAUAGUGAACGAAUACGUUGUACGUUACGAGGAACUCAAACGAGCUAAAAUGCGUGCGAAACAGGAGGAAGAUUAAUUUAAUUAAUUUCGUAAAAAAAACGUCUCUUCGCUUGUCAAUUGUCGCUGUGAUGUCUAAAUAUGAUGCGAAAUGCAUCGCGAUAGCCGGCAAUAAAUUUGUGAAUGUA